GCACGCGGCACGCGGCUGAUCGGCCUGACGGAGGUGUUAGGGCUCGGGCGCGGACCCCCGGGGAACAGACCGACGCGCGGCGGCUGUGAGCUGAGCAAAGGUCCCAGCCAGGCUUGCACCCACAGAGGCAGGCGGCUCACAGUGCCCGGCGGAAUCCUCUGCGCCCCCCUCCCCGCCUGCCUCCCGUGCGGGCUCUCAGUGCCCGCCGCUUCCAAACUGAUUGCUGCCUUGCUGACUCUGCCCGGGUCUGGGAACAUGAAGCUGCUGCCGUCGGUAGUGCCAAAGCUCUUUCUGGCUGCAAUGUUCUCCGCGUUGGUGACUGGCGAGAGCCUGGAGCGGCUUCGGAGAGGGAUGGCAGCUGGAACCAGCAAUCCGGACCCUCCCACUGGCUCCACGGACCAGUUGCUACCCACGGGAGGUGCCCGAACCAGGGAGGUCGUGGACUUGGAAGAGUCAGCCCUUUUCAGAGUUGCUUUAUCCUCCAAGCCACAAGCUCUAGCCACGCCAAGCAAAGAAGAGACGGGGAAAAGGAAGAAGAAGGGCAAAGGAUUAGGGAAGAAGAGAGACCCAUGUCUUCGGAAGUAUAAGGACUUCUGCAUCCAUGGAGAAUGCAAAUAUCAGAAGGAGCUCCGGGCUCCAUCAUGCAUCUGCCAUCCAGGUUACCAUGGAGAGAGGUGUCAUGGACUGAGCCUACCAGUGGAGAAUCGCUUGUAUUCAUAUGACCACACCACUAUCCUGGCCGUGGUAGCUGUGGUGCUGUCAUCUGUCUGUCUGCUUGUCAUCGUGGGACUUCUUAUGUUUAGGUACCACAGGAGAGGAGGUUAUGAUGUGGAAAAUGAAGAGAAAGUGAAGUUGGGCAUGACUAAUUCCCAUUGAAAGAGACCGAUGCUCAAGGAAUCUGCAGGGAUGGCCUCCUCUGAGAAGACACUAGUUGAUUGCAGGUCUGCAGAGGGAAAAACUUUCCAAUAGUCACAAGACUUUAUCAACCCUAGCUUUGGUAUCUCGUUUGGGCCUCCCAUAAUUGCUUUGCGAAAAUACCAGAGCCUACAAGUGCCAAACUAUAUGUUCAGUGGGAUGGAGAUCAGAAGAAAACAAAAAUCAGGACCUUCAGGCCCUUCUGAUUCCCCGCCACCAAACCCACUUCUCCCAUCAGUUUAUUUAAACACUUGUCUUCUGGACUAAAAUACCAGCUAAAUUCCAUAUGCUCCAGGAUCUUUCAAGAGAAAAAGAAAAACAAAAGAGGAAGAAAGAAAGACUGUGGCCUAUGGAAGAAAGCAACAAAGUUGAGAAGCCAUGUACUCAAGUACUCACCAAGGGAUCUACUAUUUGGACCCUCCAGUGCUGGACGAGCUAACUGUGAAAUACCACAAACCUGAGAACUCGAGAUUUUGAGACUUCUACCCAGAGGGGAGAGAAAAAAAAAACAACUAUUUUUUGUUGUUGUUCGUUUGUUUGUAAAAUGCCUUUUAAAUUAUAUAUUUAUUUUAUUCUAUGUAUGUUAAUUUAUUUAGUUUUUAACAAUCUAACAAUAAUAUUUCAAGUGCCUAGACUGUUACUUUCGCAAUGUCAUGGCCCUCCUUGCAUCCCCACCAUCUGGCUCAGUGCAACACACUGUCACAAAUCUGAGAUGGCUCUGUGACCUAUAUGUGGCAGUUCAUUGUUUGUCUACAUUUCUAAAGAUACCCCAGGAGCAGAGUGCCCCCAGGGAACUGCGUAUGGUCAGGAUGCAGGAGUUGACUUGGUCAGACCCACUCUAUGAGUUGGAUUGCCUAGGCGAUUUUGUCUACUGUUUGUGUUUUGAAAGCCCAAGGUGCUGAUGUCAAUGUGUACCUGAUAUCGGUGUUUCCCUGUGUCCUCUACCCACCAAAUCUCAGAAGAGAUUGGUUAUCCAUACCUAUGGCUGUCCUAGCCUCUUACCCCUACAAACCCAGGCCCACAGAGUGGAAACCCGCUCUCCCUUGUGUCAAGACAUUUCUCUUACUCCUGCCAUUCUUCUGGUGCUACUCCAUGCAGGGGUCAAUGCAGCAGAGGACAGUCUGGAGAAGGUGUUAGCAAGGAAAAAGACUGAGGAGGAACAGGAAACGUUAGCAUCGACCUGUUCUUGAAAAAUUGAUUAACUUGUUAUUCUCUAUAGAAGAGCUGUUUGGAGUUGGUGAAAGUUUUGGGUAGCGUCACCCAUCUUACGAAAACUACAAACAUUUGCUGUUAUGGUCCCUUCUGGAAGUUUCUGGUGCCAUAUCUGAACUGUUACAACCUGUAUUUCCAAACCCGGUUCAUAUUUAUAUUUUGCAAUCCAAAUAAAGAUAACCCUUAUACCACA